GUGAAGAUCACCAGUCGAUGUGUGCAGUACUAUGCGAAAAAGAAAUGCUUCACUUAUUGGAUGAACAAAAGCUGAGCGAUGAUAAAAGUGGAAGUGGAAUCUGUGCGGCCGUCGACGGAUGUUCGGAGGCCCGCUGAUACGCCUGACUUACCUAAUCCCACGCAACUCGGCUAAGGGCAUGAAUUGAUCCAAAACGAUCUGCCUCGACCGCCUACUGGUUCUUCGAGGCUCUGAUGCCGUGGUUUCAUCGUCUGGCUCAUGAUCGUCCAAGGCGUCAGAAUGCUUUACGCAUAUCCGGAUGUUCUGGAAACCCGGUGGAAUUGCGCCCUCAUGCUGCUGUUGUUCUUCUUCUUCCAACGCGGUUCUCUGUUGAAGCAAGAUCUUGACUUGUGAUAGACCACUGCUACAUGUCAGGUUUUGAAGGCAUUAUUCUUAUAAGACUUCAAGAUUUAAGAAUCUCCAGAUGCCCGAACUCGACGACGCAUCGGCUCUGAGAGACAAGACGGUGAUCAUCACCGGAGGGGCUUCUGGGCUCGGACUAGCAACUGCUACGCACUUCGCUCGAGCCGGUGCAUAUGUGACCAUCGCCGACAUUCAAGAUGCCCCUGGCGAGCAUAUCACGCACGCUCUUCGACUCGAAGGCUGCCAUGUUUCUUACACACAUUGUGAUGUAACGGAUUGGCUGUCUAGCGUUUUGGCAUUCAAGCACGCAGCUUCGUUUGGGCCGAGCAAAACACUCCAUGUUGCCGGCCUGUUUGCCGGAGUCGAAGGUGAUCGAGAAAGUUUGGUGGACCAAGUGCUCGCGGCACACGCACCAUCCUUAAGUCCAGGCGAUAUACCAACGAGACCUCGAGGCAGCGCGAUCCGAGUUGACUUAGGGGGAGUGUACAAGAGCUCUUGGUUAGCCCUGUACUACAUGCGUCUUCGUUCGAAGGUCCCAUCAGCAGAGUCAUUCUCCAAGUCACUUAUCCUCGUAUCUUCUCUCGCCGGAUACUCUGAUAUGCCUGGAAAUACAGACUACAAUGCUGCAAAAUUUGGUGUUCGGGGAAUCUUUCGAGGGCUUAGGCACACCACAUCCUCCAUGAAUGUGCGAGUCAACCUUGUAGCACCUUUCUGGAUUGAUACACCCCUGGUGCAUACCAAACUUGUCGAGAUGGCAUCCUUGGGCAUAACACCUGGAAGUGGAUUCUCAUUUGCUAGUGUGAACGAUUGUGUGAAUGUGGCGACAACAUUCGCUACUGACGCCACUAUCAGUGGGCGAGCCUACGCAGUUGUUCCUGAAGGAUUUGUGGACAUUGACGAUGAGGAAAGCAGCGGUUGGGCCGGGGAGAUUUUGAAGGAAGAGUGGAAAAAAAGAACCAGAACGAGUGAGAGGGAGCUCUAGAAGGCGAUAUAUAGGUGGGUUAUCUUUGUUGGGCGGUCAGUAUCAAAGAGUUAUAUAUUCACAAGAGGCAUUGAG